UCCUUCACAGUAAUGAGUAAACCAAAUACACACACACUCGCAAUACCAGUUCAUUGCGUCUUCUCUCAGAAGCCACAAACAAUAAUGAAAAAGCAAAGCUAUUGAGAGUAAGUAGUAGAGCAAGUAAAAAGAAGCUUCGUCAUUGAAAGUUUUCAAGUAUAGCUUGCUUUCCAAGCCACCCCAUUUUCUCACUCACUCUCUCUCUCUCUCUCUCCAUCUCUUUUUUUCUUUUUUGAUGCUGAAAGUUCCGCCAUUAAUAAAAGCUCUCACCUUCUCACGCCGUUUCCCACGAGAAACCGGUCGGUUCCUUUCACGGAAAAGCAUUCUCAUUUCACUCACAUUAUCGUUCUCACUCUGCUAUAAAAAUCCAAUCUUUGACAAAACCCAUAUCACAAACUCACUCCCAUCUCUUCUUCCAUGGCCAGCCCAAGAGACUUCAGGCUUUUGGGUCUUCUGGGUCUGUGUUUUUUUCAGUACAAUCUAUUAGUGUUAGCGAUUCUAAACCCAGUUGAUUUUCUAGCUCUGCAAUCGAUUCGAAAAGCUUUGGAAGACUUGCCCGGGUCGAAUUUCUUUGCUUCAUGGGAUUUCACCUCCGACCCAUGUAACUUCGCCGGAGUUUAUUGCGAUUCCGAUAAGGUAAUCUCUCUCAAUCUUGGCGACCCGAGAGCUGGCUCUCCCGGGUUAUCGGGUCGGAUUGAUCCUGCAAUUGGAAAGCUCUCUUCUUUAGCUGAACUCUCCGUCGUUCCGGGUCGGAUCUUCGGAGCUCUGCCCCAAACAUUGUCUCAACUGAAGAACCUCCGGUUUCUAGCGAUCAGCCGGAACUACCUCUCCGGCCAAAUUCCGGCGAGUCUCAGCGAGCUCCGGAACCUCCGAACACUCGAUCUCAGCUUCAACCAGCUCGCCGGAGAGAUCCCUCGUACCAUCGGAACCUUACCGGAAUUAACCAACGUCAUCCUUGGCCACAACCGGCUCACCGGUCCGGUACCUCUGUUUCUCUCCCAUACCCUAACCCGGCUCGACCUUAAACACAACGACCUCUCCGGUUCAAUCGGACCGGAUUCACUACCUCCCUCUCUGCAAUACCUCUCACUCUCCUGGAACCGGUUCACCGGCGCAGUAGACCGGGCCUUAACCCGGAUGAACCGGCUAAACUACCUAGACCUGAGCAUGAAUCAAUUCAGCGGUCCAAUCCCAGGCCGAAUCUUCACCUUCCCAAUCAACAACAUCCAAUUGCAAAGAAACCAGUUUUCCGGCCCGGUUCAACCGGCUGAUCAGGUAACAAUCCAGACCGUUGAUCUGAGCUACAAUAGACUAUCCGGUCAAAUCCCACCCACGUUCUCGACCGUACAGAAUCUUUACCUGAACAACAACCGGUUUACCGGUCAAGUUCCCGGUAGCUUCGUGGACCAGUUACUAGCUGCUAGUAUACAGACACUGUACUUACAGCACAAUUAUCUAACUGGGAUUCAGAUCAAUCCAACGGCUGAGAUUCCUUUAAGCAGUUCGUUGUGUUUGCAGUACAAUUGUAUGGUCCCACCCGUACAGACACCGUGUCCGUUGAAGUCAGGGAAACAGAAAACGAGGCCUACUGAGCAAUGUAACGAGUGGAAAGGGUAAAUUUGGAAUUUCAUGCCUAUAUCUCAGGGGCAGAAUGGAAAAAGACAAAAAAAGAUAAGUUUUUUAUCAUAUUUUUGUUGUGGGGUUUGGGAGGGUUUUUGAUUCAUUUAUUACUUUUGUGAUAUAGAAUAGUGGGUAAAGUUUUAGGAAUAAGGAGAGAUUGUCGAUAAAAAGAAAAAAAAAAUGUUAAAGCUCUACAAAAGAACGUUUUUAAUCUAUAUAGUGUAAGCUAUUGUAGUGUGAGUUAUUUUUUGUUAUUGAUUUAUAGAAAGUAAAGUAUUAUUAUA